ACACUCAACUACAUCCUCCACAAACACCUUUUUUUUCUGUCUUCUUCUACUUACACUGCAUCAUCCACAACCUUGAAUCUGAACAUGGCUAUUAGUAUGGGGCGUAUUCUCCGUGGUAAACAAGGCCUAAGAAGGUCUUCUUCAAGAACAAACAGAGAAAGUGAGGUUCCUAAGGGACACUUUGCUGUUUAUGUUGGCGAGGGCGAAAAGAAGAGAUUUGUCAUUCCGAUUUCAUACUUGAAGGACCAUUCAUUCCAAAACUUGCUAAAUCAAUCCGAAGAAGAAUUCGGGUUUGAUCAUCCGAUGGGUGGACUUACAAUUCUUUGUCCUGAGGACACUUUCCUUGACAUCAUCUCUAGUAUUCAGUAGAUACUCAUAGUCAUCCUGAACAAUUUAGUAUAGAGACUUUAGGCAGCUUAGUUUAUUAUAGUCAUUCUAAACACUUUUUUUACCUGGAGGUAUACUUGUACAAUGU